AGUCUUAUAAAAGUCUUUCCUUUUCAUUUAGAAUGGGACAAUCAACAAUUGCUGGAAUAAUCCCAGAAGUUUGCAUUGCCAUUUACAAUAAUUUAAAAAAUCAGUAUUUAAAGGUAGAUGUUUAACUAAAUAAUAUUUUUAGAUGCCUACUACAACCCAAGAAUGGUUAAAAAUUGCUAAUGAAUUUGAAGAAAGAUGGAACUUGCCACAUGUGUUAGGUGCAUUAGAUGGUAAACACGUUGUUAUAAAAGCUCCCGCAAAUGAAGGAUCGUCAUAUUUUAAUUAUAAGCACACACACAGUAUCGUACUAUUGGCUUUGGUUGAUGCCAAUUAUAGCUUUUUAUAUGUCGAUGUGGGUAGAAAUGGAAAAAUUUCAGAUGGGGGUGUAUACAAGAAUAGUUCACUUGCUGCAGCGAUUGAAACAAACAAAUUAAAUUUUCCAGAGGAAAGACCAUUGCCAGCGGGUACCAAACCAGUACCAUAUGUAAUAGUUGCUGAUGCAGCAUUUCCAUUAUCCCGUCAUAUUUUAAAGCCGUUUCCAUUUCGUAAUAUGACUUGGCAACAACGUAUAUUCAAUUAUCGCCUAAGCAGAGCACGAAGAGUUGUGGAGAACGCAUUUGGGAUAUUAACAAAUCGUUUUCGUGUAUUAUUGAACAUUAUAAGUUUGGACCCAAGUAAGGCCCAAACAUUAACUCUAGCAUGCAUUGUGCUACAUAAUUUUUUGCGAACAAGGUCCCCAAAUGGUUAUGAUGUUAAGGAACAGAACAUUGAUAGGCGAUUCACAUUUAAGUACACCUUAAGUCGACAAGCAGGCAACAGGUCAACUGCAUCAGCACUUGAUAAUCGAAAUGAAUUUGUACAAUAUGUAAAUGGUAUAGGAGCAGUAGAAUGGCAAAAUGACUUAGCAUAGCAUUAUUAUUAUCAAUAAACAAAUGUACAAAAUAAAAUCUAAUCAUAUUGAG